AUGUGCGCGAUGGCGGUGCUGAUCAUCAACGGUUUCUACCAGACCUACUAUUGGAUGUUUGACCUGAUUGAGCACGUGCUCGUGUCGUUGCUGAUUUUGAUUCUAAUGCUCAUCUUCUUCUUGCCGCUUUGGUUCAAGGCGGAGGAGGACCCAUCCCGCCCGCUGUUCACAAUCUUCGUCCUCCUGGUGGGGGUCGUCGGGGGGCUGACGCUCGUCAUCACCGUCGUCUACUUCUAUCGCUUCUGCCUCAAAAAGAGGCCCCCGCUCACCACGACGGGUAAGCCGGAGCAGAAGCGGGACGCCGUGAGAUCCGAGGCCGCAGCCGCCUGCCGACCCCUACCCUUGCCACUCAGGAAUGCCCUUUACCAGACCCAACCCACCAUCGCCCGUGUCACACAGGUCGACAAAUUUCGUAACCAAGCCGUCGUCCAAAAAGAGACGCUAAGCCAGCAGAGCUCGACGCAUUCCCAGAAUUUGCCCAUCCUCACCUAUACCACUGACGAAUACGGGCGCGCGGAACGGGAUGGACACCAACAACCGAUACACCGUAACCCGUCGGCCGAGUUGUUGCCGCCCGACUCGGAAUAUAGGAGAACUUCUGUCGAUCCGCCAAAACGCCGAAGAUUGCCGAGCACGGAGCACCUGGAGGUCGGUCGUUUAUUACUGUUUUGGCAGUUUGAUUUUGUGGUCUUAAUU